GAAGCGGAAGCGGCUGUGAGGGGAAGGUGGCGGUUCCCCCUGAGGAGGGUGUUUGUCUUUAAAGCUGACGCUCCCCGUCCCCCUCCCCGCAGGGAAGGCUGAGGGCGCUGCCGGCGCUGAAGUCCUUGUUGGGGUCCCCGCCCCGGAGCCUCUCUCAGCGGUCCUCCUGACUGUGAGUGUGAGCUGAGCUGAUUAACAGGCUGUGGGGACGCCUUUGAAGGCACAUUCUGUGACUCCUCAACAUACUGUCACCUGAGGAAACAACCCAGACCCCCGAUCAGGACCAGGACCAAAUGGCUGCUUCUCAGGGACCGUUGACCUUCAGGGAUGUGGCCAUAGAUUUCUCUCAGGAGGAGUGGGAAUGCCUGGACCCAGCUCAGCGGAAAUUGUACCUGGACGUGAUGUUGGAGAACUACAGCAAUCUGGCUUUCCUGGCUCUUUCAUGUAAAGGUAACCAUGCCUUUAUGCCAAAGCCCGGAAUACAAGAUUUAUUCUCUGAAAUAAUACUGAGUACACAUAAUGGAGAUAGCAGUUAUCAAUGGAUUGAACAUUGGAAAAAGUUUAAGCAAGAAUCAUAUAUUAAUCAUCGGACGAGGGAACUUGCGGAGGACCAUAAUAAAAGCGGAAGAGUCUUUGACCGAAUGUCUAAUCACAAUAUAUGUCAGGUUAUUCCUAUCGCGGAGAAGACACGCAAAGAAAGUAAAUGUGUCAGGUCUUUUCAGCAGUCUUCAAAUUACACUGAAGAAGAGAAUAUUCAUGCUAGAGAGGAGGCUUACAAAUGGAAUCCAUGUGGGAGAGUCUUCAGUCAAAUAUUCAAUCUAAAUAAAAUGAAAAAAAUCCAUAAUGGAGAAAAACCUUAUAAAUGUAAAGAUUCUGGUAAAAGAUCGAAUUGGCCUUCAGGUUGUAUGCUAAAUCAGAAAAUUCGUACUGGAGAGAAGCCUUACAAAUGUAAAGCAUGUGGCAAAGCCUUUAAAUGUCAUUCAUCUCUUAUUGUACAUAAGGGAAGAAUUCAUACUAUAGCAAAAUUUUACAAACUCAGGGAAGAUGGAACAGGCUUUAGUCAAUCCUCAAGACGUAAUCAACAUCAUAGAAAUCAUAGAGAAGAAAUGACUUACAAAUGUUCAGAAUGUGGGAAAGCCUUUAGUUGGCCCUCAAACCUUAUGACUCAUCAGAGAGUUCAUACUGGACAGAAGCCUUAUAAAUGUAGCAAAUAUGGCAAAGCCUUUAUCAAUUCCUUUUACCUUAGUCGUCAGAAGGUUCAUUCUGGAGAGAAGUCUUAUAAAUGUAGAGAAUGUGGCAAAGCCUUUAGCCGGUCCUCACACCUUACUUAUCAUCAGAGAGUUCAUACUGGAGAGAAGCCUUAUAAAUGUAAAGUAUGUGGCAAAGCCUUUCGCUGGCCCUCAAACCUUAUUGGGCAUCAGAGAGUUCAUACUGGAGAGAAGCCUUACAAAUGUAGAGAAUGUGGCAAUGUCUUUAGCCAGUCCUCCUCCCUUAAUCUACAUCAGAGAGUUCAUACUGGAGAGAAGCCUUAUAAAUGUAGAGAAUGUGGCAAAGCUUUUAGCUGGCCCUCCUCCUAUAAUCUACAUCAGAGAGUUCAUACUGGAGAGAAGCCUUAUAAAUGUAGAGAAUGUGGCAAAACCUUCAGUGAUUCCUCAAAACUUUCUCGUCAUCAUAAAAUUCAUACUGCAGAUAAGGUUUAUAAAUGUAGCGCAUGUGGCAAAGCCUUUAGCCAGUUCUCACACCUUAAAAAUCAUCAGAGAGUUCAUUCUAGAGAGAAGCCUUUUAAAUGUAGAGAAUGUGGCAAAGCCUUUAGUUGGUUCUCACACCUUAAAAAUCAUCAGAGAGUUCAUUCUGGAGAGAAGCCUUAUGAAUGUAAAGUGUGUGGCAAAAGCUUUAGCUACUCGUCAGAUCUUAAUCGUCAUCAGCGUAUUCAUACUGGAGAGAAGCCUUCUAAAUGUAGAGAAUGUGGCAAAGCCUUUAGCCAGUACUCAUCACAUACUAGUCACCAAAAAAUUCACACUGGAGAGAAACCUUAUAAAUGUAGAGAAUGUGGCAAAGCCUUUAGCCACUUGUCAACCCUUACUAAUCAUCAGAAAGUUCACACUGGAGAGAAACCUUAUGAAUGUAGAGAAUGUGGGAAAGCCUUUAGCAGGUCCUCAAAUCUUAUUGUACAUCACAGAAUUCAUACAGGAGAAAAGCCAUAUAAAUGUAGAGAAUGUGGCAAAUCCUUUGUCACCUCCUCAGGCCUUACUAGGCAUCAGAGAGUUCACACUUGAGAGAAGCCUUGUAAAUGUAGAGACUGGCAAAACCUUUAGCCAGUCCGCAUCCCUUACUAAGCAUCAGAGAAUUCACACUUGAGAGAAGGUUUAUAAAUGUAGAGGAUAUAACAGCCUUUCAUCAGUGUUCCUGCCUUACUGCACAGCAGAAUUCAUACUUGAGAGAAGAGUUACAGAUGUGAGGAGUGUCCUAAGUCCUUUACCAGCUGUGAGAACUUACUGAACAUCACAGAAUGGAUACUGGCAAGAAGCCUUACAAAUGUGAAAAACAUAGAAAAGCCUUUAAAAGGCAUUCAUGUCUUGCUGUACCUGAGAGACCUCAUAGUAAAGACAGUCCUUACAAAUGUAGAGUUUGCUGCAGACUUUACACAUAGCUCACAAUUUACUGAACAUCAGAGAUUUUAUAGUGGAGGAGAAAGCCUUACACUAGAAAACACUAGAAAACUAAGAAAUCAGGAAUCAUUAUAAAGAGAAACAGCAUUAACGAAGUUUUCAUCUAAGGAUUUAAGCUUCAAUGGUUGAAGCUACAUUAAGAACGAUAAAAUGAGGUCUUACAAAUUAUCAGGCAUAUGUCAAACCCUAGAGAGAAGGUAGGGAAGGGUGGGAGUAAGGGUGAAAGAUCAACCAAAGGACUUGUAUGCAUAUAAGCCUAACUAAUGGACACAGACAACAGGGGGGUGAGGGCAUGAGUUGGGGAGGUCAGCAUGGUUAUGUUGGGAUAAGGACACAUACGUAAUACCGUAAUAAAAAAUUAAUUAAAAAAUAUAUAUACUUUAUAAAACUCCAAGGGAUUUAUGCCUUAAGAUGUAAAAACUUUAUCCAAGUAUGUAAUUGAUUAUGAAUUUUAAAGUAUCACUAAAUUGGCUACUAGAUAGGUAGCCAAAAUGCCUUUCAGAUACUGCUCUAAACCAAAAUGUUUAUUAUACAGUGUACUCCAAACUUUAAAUGUAGUUAGGUAAUGUUUGUAUACUUGAAUAUAUCAAAAGAAUUGAUGUUUCCAGAUGUACAAUUACUUAGGAUGUUAUCUCAUUUAUUUUGAAGUCUUUUGAGAAGGAAAUAUUAAUGUGAUUCUACUCCCAUAUCACUUGAUGCUGCUGUGUUUUAUUCCUGGUGUAUGUGUGAAAUCAUGGGAUUGAUUGUUUCUGUCCUAAAGAUCUGUUUGCUGUUGUACAUUAUAUGGACUUCAUUUGUGUACACUUUCCCAUGGAAUAUUGGGUACAUUGUAAAGCGCACUAUUUUCUUCUAUUAGAGAAUAAUCCUUGAAUAAUCUUUUAAAAUAGUUCUCGAGUUUUGUAAA